UCUGAUUCCUUCUUGCCAAAGAUGAAACUUAGUACUAAUUUAAGGACAGAUCAGAGAGUACAGCUGACAUCAUGGAAAAGCCCUUCUGAUCCAUCUAUUGGAAGCUUCUCUGCAGGCAUUGAUGCACUGAACAUUCCUGAAAUUUUUAUUUGGAAAGAGGGUCACCCAUAUUGGCGGUCUGGUCCAUGGAAUGGUCAGGUCUUUCUCCUGUAUAUCGUACUAGAUUUACUGUGGUUGAUGACAAACAAGGGGCAGUUUCUGAUACUUUUACUGAUUCGGAUGUCUUACAUUUGCCAAGUGUUGUUUUGGGUUCGCAAGGAAAUGUAGUGCAGACAUAUUGGGACGAUGGGAAAAAGGAUUGGGAGGUUGUGUUAAUUCCAGAAGAUGAGUGUGAUGUUUAUGGCACAUGUAAUGCAUUUGGAAGCUGUGAUUCACUGAGUUCACAAAUCUGCAGUUGUUUGAGAGGGUUUGAGCCGAAGAUUAUUAAGGAAUGGAAUAGAGGAAAUUGGACUAGUGGAUGUGUCAGGAGGACACCAUUGCAGUGUGAAAGAAUGAACAAUAGUAUUGAAGAAGGAAAAGCAGAUGGGUUUUUGAAACUGGAGAUGAUCAAAGUGCUAGACUUUGCAGAGUGGUCAAAUGUGAACAAAGAAGAUUGUCGAAAGCAGUGUUUGGAGAACUGUUCUUGUGUAGCUUAUGGAUAUUAUACUGGCAUUGGUUGUCUGUCAUGGAGUGAAAUCUAAUUGACCUACGACAAUUCUCUGUUGGUGGAUCAGAUAUAUAUAUAUAUAUAUAUAUAUAUAU